CAUCGUCAGCCAGACCUGCCUGUCUGAAGAUGAGAUGGCAGCCAUCAGUCGGGAGUGCCUGCAAGGACUGGAUUUUCUUCAUGCAAACGAUGUGAUCCAUCGAGACGUGAAGAGUGACAACAUCCUUCUCAGAACGGACGGUUCUGUCAAACUGGCUGAUUUUGGCCUCGCUACUCAGCUCAGCCCUGAGCAGAGCAGACGGUGCUCGGUAACCGGGACUCCUUGGUGGAUGGCGCCUGAAGUGGUGACAGGUCAACCAUAUGGCCCCAAAGUGGACAUAUGGUCUUUUGGAAUUGUGGGAAUUGAAAUGAUAGAACAAGAACCUCCUUACUUGGGCGAAAGUUCUGGCACGGCUACAUACCUGAUAGCCACAGUAGGGACUCCACAGCUGCGGCAGCCCAAGCUCCUCUCGGCUUUGCUGCGUGACUUCCUGAGCUGCUGCCUGCAGACAGACGAGGAGCAGCGUUGGUCUGCCAAGGAGCUCCUGCAGCAUCCAUUUGUAACUUCAGCCGAGCCACCAUUCAUCCUGGCACAAGUCAUCAACUCAGUGAAGAAGACGAAUAACCCUAAACUCUAAACCUAAAACCUAACCCUAACCUUAAAUGCUAACCCAAACCCUAACCCUAUCCCUAUCUCUAUCCCUUACCCUUUCCCUAACCCCAACCCUAAGCCUAAGCCAAAGCCUAAGCCUAAGCCUAAGCCUAAACCUAAGUCUAAGCCUAAGCCUAAGCCUAAGCCUAAACCUAAGCCUAAGCCUAAGCCUAAACCUAAGACUAAACCUAAGCCUAACCCUAACCCUAGGAGACGAGAACAUAGCAAUCAUGUCAAGAUGUUAUCUCUGUUACCAAUUUAGAGUAGGAUUGUAGAGUAGGGUUGCUAAAGAGAUUUGUAGCAUAGAAUUAUAGAUUAGAGUGUUAAUUAAUAAAGUUUCUGAAACAUCAACUCACUUGGAAGAUCCUCCUCCUUCUGACCCCUUCAGAAAAUUCAACAUUUUUUUCUGAAUUACCAAUUGUUUUUUUUUAUUGGCACUAAGUCACACAUAUGGCUUUUUUUGUAUGGUUUCAUAAGUGAGGAGGGCUCUUCUUCAUUCAUCCUCUCCAGACCGCACUGCCUUUGGAAUAUGACCCACUGGCUGGUUUUGGCGCAGCUGUGGUAUUUCUAGUUGAGGCAGAAAGGGCAAUGGCAUUUGAAGGCAAAACCAAAGGAAGAAUGAGGCAGCCCAAACACCCUGUGCCGAUGCAGGCCUUCAGCUGUGACUGGAGAGCAAUGGGGUUCCUGCCACUUGCAUUUGUAUCCCUAAAUGCAAUAAUCUCUUUGGCUGGAGGAGAGUCUUGCUCAAGUGAGAAAGCAGAAAGAUCAGAGAGGGUGCUCGGGAAGGUCUCCUGUGGAGCAGAGCUGUCAGCGCCUGUGAGGUGAGAGCGGGCCCGGCCUUGCCCGGGCUGGAGCCCCAGCAG